ACCUGCUUCAGCAUGGAACUCCAUAACCAGGCUGAUCCAGCUCACAGAAUCCAUCUUGAGGUGGUAACAUGUUGUUCUUGGCUGAAGAUCACAUUCUUGGCCAUGUUAUUUUGUGUGCUAGUAUCACCUACAGCGGCAUAUGACCCGUUGGAUCCAACCGGAAACAUAACGAUCAAAUGGGAUGUCAUGUCUUGGACACCAGAUGGUUAUGUUGCUGCAGUCACCAUGAACAACUUCCAAAUGUACCGGCAAAUCGCGAACCCCGGCUGGACACUAGGAUGGACAUGGGCGAAGAAAGAAGUAAUCUGGACCAUGGUGGGAGCUCAGACGACAGAGCAAGGAGACUGUUCCAAAUUCAAAGGAAACACGCCACAUUGUUGCAAGAAAACUCCAACAGUUGUUGACUUGCUACCCGGAGUUCCUUUCAACCAACAGUUCAGCAACUGCUGCAAAGGUGGUGUCAUGGCAUCUUGGGGACAGGACCCUUCAGCUUCAGUGUCGGCCUUCCAGGUGAGCGUCGGGCAAGGCGGAACUUCAAAUAAAACAGUCAAGCUUCCCAAGAACUUCACCUUGCUUGGUCCGGGACCAGGGUACACUUGCGGCCCUGCAAAGGUUGUGCCAUCCACUGUCUUCCUCACAGCUGAUCGUAGGCGAAAGACUCAAGCACUUAUGACAUGGAAUGUGACAUGUACCUAUUCACAGUUACUUGCCUCCAAGAACCCCAGCUGCUGCGUUUCGUUUUCAUCUUUCUACAAUGAAACCGUAGUUCCAUGCCCAUCUUGCUCUUGUGGUUGUCACAAUAAGAAAGAUUGCAUCAAGGGAGACUCAAAACUACUACAAAAGGCAGGAAUCAACACACCGAGAAAGGAUAACACACCAUUGUUGCAGUGCACACACCAUAUGUGCCCGAUCCGAGUGCACUGGCAUGUGAAGCAAAAUUACAAGGACUAUUGGCGCGUCAAGAUUUCUGUCACGAAUUUCAACUACCGGCUCAACUACACCGAGUGGACACUCGUUGCACAGCACCCUAAUCUCAAUAACAUCACUCAAGUCUUUAGCUUUGAUUACAAGCCCCUUGUUGCUUACCAGUCCAUCAAUGACACUGGAAUGUUCUAUGGCAUGAAGUUUUACAAUGACUUGUUGAUGGAAGCCGGGCCUUUAGGAAAUGUGCAGUCUGAGGUGCUUAUGCAGAAAGACAAGAACACCUUCACAUUCAAGCAGGGGUGGGCGUUCCCUAGGAAGGUUUACUUCAACGGUGAUGAAUGCAGGCUACCUCCUCCCGACGCCUACCCUUCUCUUCCAAACUCCGGUCAUGUAGAUUCCGUUUCAAUCUUAAAAAUGGCAGCCUCUUUGCUUCUGAUAAUGUUUUGUAUAUAUUGAUCACAUUUCUACUGAGGACAGAAACUGCUAUAUUAAAAGGCCAUUGCUGAUAAGAGGUUAGUAUAGAAGGUUGGUCGGUUUAUCCAAUGUGAUAAUAUGCUUGUGUCAACUUGUGUCAAAAUGUAACCCACAUUUGAAUUCUCAGAAAUGUCUGAAAUUUUGUCAAAGC